AUGGAGCACGACGGUAUUUCCUCGCCUUCGUCGCUGUCGUUUUUCUCACAAGAUAACAGAAGCUCCUCUUCAGUACUGUUUGUCAACAAGAGCCAUGCAGAUGCUUCGUUUGCACCACUCCCUGGUAAUACACCUAUGAAAUGGCAAACAGUCCAAAGAGAAUUUCAGUUUGACAGCAAUAGUACGCCCUCGAAACCUAAUUUGGGCGACACCGUUGAAGACCCAGCUAGAAAACUGCUGAGAAAGCGUCGCGUUACAAGAAAUAACUUAAGUGGAGCCAAACCCAGACUACGCUCUGCCUUGCACGAAAGCACUACCAAACUAGAUUUGCUCGACGAAAACAAGUUUACCAGUUUCCCUAUUCCUCCCCCAAUCGAAGAAAACCUGCAUCACAAAAUACCCACAAAUACCACUAACGAAGUACAAAUUCGCAUUCAUGCUGAUAACAGGCGAUUCAGUGUGGAUCCGAGACAUAAUAAUGGAGACCACAAUAGCUGCCAACCGAUAGUUUUGGUAGAAGACUAUAUUCCUGAAGAUCCCAAAAGGCUCAAAUUUGCCCGGAGCAGAGUUUCCAUCUCUGAUUUGAAAAGUAAAGUUACCAAGAACCAGUCAUCCAGGCUUCCACUCAAACUCAAAACCCAUCGUACACUCUCGACAACCUCUUCACUUACAUUAACACCGCACAUUAAGGACGACGACUCAUUCGCAAACAUGGGAAUGAUUGACGAGGCUCCCUGCCGGUUGCAGGGUGAUGGGUACUCCACUAAAUCAGACAACACUGUGGUAACAAACAUGGAGCAUAUAUUGGGGGAUGUUAUCAAGCAUAAAGACGACCGUGACGAAUAUCUCCAAACGCUUAAUCUGGAGCAUAAGAUCAGGGGCUGCGUUAUCUGCGAAAAACCGCUUUACGAAAUCAGCUCGCUACUAGAAGGUCGCCAUUUUCGAGAAAUUGUGUGCUCUAGUUGCACCCGCAAAUACGAAGAGACGGCAAAACUUUUAGAGGACUACGAGUUUGAGACUUCAACUGACACCAUUUCGGAAUCUGUGGAUUCGCGAAAUAUGAGCAUAGAGAGCGAGGAUUUAAUGGAGGAAACAGAACAGGUGGUCGUUCCGGCCAAGAGGCAUAAGACGAGCAAUCAAUUCUCACCUCACCUCAUAAACAGACUGCAUUUACAAUUACAAUUACAAAGUGAAACAGAAGCUACCAAUAACACCGUGGACUCGAAAACCAUGAUAUGGUUCCUCGAAGCCAAGAAGAAGCUUAGGUGGAAAUGGCGGGUAAGUGGACUAUUGCCUCAGUUUCAUCCUGGCAGAGGAUAUGCAUAG